AUCUACAAAAACGCUGAUAAUUUUUAAACUCUUUUAAAAAAAAGAACCUUUCAUCAUACAAAAAAACAUUCAAUUGUGGAACUGAAGUAAAGAAGAAAAUAUGAUUGCUAGUGUUUACAGCAAGAAUAACUGCAGGCAAUAUUCGCACAAUGAGCGAAUAAUCGAAAACUUGAAGAAACAUUUGAAAUGGAACGAGUCUGAUCGAAUUCUUGAAAUCGGAGUUGGCGAUGGUAAAUCAACGACCGACUUGCUGUUUCCUAUUUUUCCAAAAAAUUUCAGAGAGUACGUUGGAAUUGAUAUAAGCCAAAAUACCAUCGAAUAUUUGAAAAGCCACAUCAAGCUAGACAAGUGUAAUUUCUACGAAAUGGACGUUUGCUGCGAUCGUUUACCGGAGGAAUUCGAAAAUAGAUUCGACCAUAUUUUUAGUUUCCAUUGUUUGCAUUGGGCUAGAUAUCCCAGAAAAGCUUUAGAGAAUAUAAAAAAAAUGUUGAAAUCUGAAGGUCAAUUUUUCGGCACGUUCUUAAUAAACGGGAUAUGUGAUAAACUGCUUUUUAAAUUAUCCCAAAUCCCUCGUUGGAGAGAACAUGGAUAUGGGAAAUACAUAUCUACAUUUUUCCAAGAAAAUUCAUCGAAUGAUUACUUUGAAAUGUGGAAGAAUCUGUUUGAAAAUUUAGGCUUUAAUCUUCAAUUGGCACACGUUGAUAAAUUUGUUCUUAACUUCGCCAAAGAGGAAAUUGCCGAUUUCGUAAUUGCAUUCCUUCCAACUUUAUCAGCCGUAAAAAAGGAAGACCUUAAGGAUUACACUCUUGAUGUUGAAAACGUAGCAAUAAGCAUCAGUGAAUUUGAUGAGAACAAAGAAACUUACAAAUUUCACAUGGAAGCAGCAAUUUUUAUGACUUCGUGAAUUCGAAUCCCGAGCUAUUGGAUUCGUACAAAUUAUAAUUAAUUUUAAUUUGUAUUGUAAAGUCCAUUUAAAAAUACGUUACCAAAAGAUAUAUUAUUUGGUCAAAAAUGAGUAGAUAUCUAUAGUUUAUUUAUUCAAUUUUUAGUGAUGUUUAUAGCAUAAAGA